UUUAAAAGCCAAUGAAAAUACGAGAUACAUAAAAUUCUAGAAGCGUCUAGAAUAGCGGUAAAUUUAAAAAUGUUGAAUACUAUCAUUCGAAUGACGUUAAAUUAUCCGAUAGUACAAAGGUCAAAUAAUAAACUGAUUUCACAUAUAAGUAAUACAACUUGUUUUCUAUGAUGAUGUGGAAUAUUAUUUGAGUUAAAAUGGGUCAGUCUUAUUAAUUUUCACAUUUUCAAUAUUUACUAGACUUAUACAUAACCUAACUUUUAAUUAGAUUGUUAUUGUUCCGAAAAUGCUAACUAAUAAAAAACCAAAUUUUUCUUGGGAAAAAACAUAUAGUUUAAUUAAGAAUAAACACGAUGAAGCUUUUAAAGCAAUUGAUGAAGCUAUAACUUUAGAAGAAGUAGAAAAUCAAACUGGGGCAAUCGAAAAAUAUAAGGAAGGUAUUAGAUUGAUAGAUGAAGCCUUGGGAGUACAAGUCCAAUGUCCAGAAAAUCCAGACAUUACGUGGGAAAAAGCGCGAGUAAUGAUACAAAAGAUUAAAAAAACGAGAGCCGAAGUUUUAACACGAAUCAACUGUAUUCAAACCACAAAUAGUGCUAAUUCGAGUAGUCUAAUUGAAGACCCACCUUCGUAUGACGAAGCUAUGUCAUCAUCAGAAUCAGAAAGUCCCAAAACAUAUAAGGAUUUAGCAACUGCUCUUCAAGAAUUGAGUGUGGAUCCCAAUCAGAAAUUACAAGAAGAAGUUGUAUAUACUCAUGAAAAUGUCAGGGUUUAUUUUAUAUCUCCUAAUGGUGAAGUUUUGUCAACGCAACAGCCAGAAACUUUAACAAUAUCUUUAGUACAAGGUACUGAACCAAAUGCUCCGAAAGCAGUUUUACAAGUAGGAUCAUGGGUGUAUCCUCUGGUUCCUGCAGUAUCGCCUUGUUAUAGGACUAACUAUGGUGCUUUUAUUUUGCCUGAUUUAAAUGCCAGUGUACCAGGUAGUUCAGUUGGUAUUAUCCUACCGUCUGAUGCAGAUCAAGAAGUAUUUGAUUUAUUAGAAAGUAUCCUUCACGGUAUUAUUGGCCCCUCACCUACUGCGGAAGAUAUAAAGGAAUGGAGAGAAAGAAGAAUAUCAGAUCAACGCGAAGAUUACAGUACACACAUUUCAAAUAAGAUUGUAGAUGGUGCCCAUUUAGUGUCUAGAGGUAUUAUAAGAGGAGCGGAAAAAGCUGGGGAUUUUUUCAAUAGGACGACUCCUACUAUUAUCAAUAAGGUCCAACCGGCAACAGAACCAGCAAAUGUUCCACCGACCCUAGCAAAAACAAUCCAAGUUGCAGAAACGGCUACAAACAAGGCAGCGAAAGUAACGGGAUUUAUAGCUGAACGAGUCGGAGCUGCUACAGUGCGUUUAGGUCAAUUUUUGGCGCCCCACAUUCAAAAGGGUGGUACUAAGCUGUUGGUCAAAGGUUUUAGUAUGCCAGAAGAGGAAGCUUCUGAUAAAGUAAAAAGUGUUUUGACGGUCGCAGCUGGAGCAGUUGAAGGAUUUAGUACGAUAUAUAGAGGACUAGAAACAUCAGCGGCUGUCUUAGGAAAUAGUUUAAAGGAAAAUACUGUGAAAAUUGUGGAACACAAAUAUGGAUACCCUGCAAGUACUUUAGCUGGAGAUACCUUAUCAACAGUGGGAAAUGUUUAUAAUAUUAGUCGAAACACAAAAAUUAUAACGCCGAAGGGUUUUGCUAAACGUACAGGUACUAGCUUAGUAUAUGGUUAUUCUAGUAGUAGAGCUAGUACUUCUUAUGAAAAUGGUGAAAGUAGUACAAAAAAUACGGAAAAGGAAGAAAAAUCUAAAGAUAUAAGCGAGAUUAAAAGAAAAUAGAAGGUAAAUUUUGAUAUAAAAAAAGUAAGGUGGUAGUGGAACUGAAUAGGUACCAAAAAUUAUAUCAUUUUUAAGCUUUUUAUAUCUAAUUUACUUUUUUAUGUGGUAAAAUCGACUUUUUCUCUAUAAAAUUUUUAUGUUGAGCUGUAAUUAAUUGGAAUCAAUAUUUUAUAUCAAAUUUAGUUAUUUUUUUCAAUUCUAGUAUAUCUUCAAUGUUAUAUGAAAAUAUUUCUAUUUAUACUCAUAAUAAUAAGAAUGAGAUUGAUAUAGUUACUUUUUAUAUAUACUGCACUGAUCAGCACUAAAAGCAACCCAUUAAUAGCUUUUGUCAAAAAAAUUCCCUACAUUCUCCUUUAUAAUAAUUUAUUCCCUAAAAACAUAAAAUAAAUAAAAAAUAAACCAAACAUAUUAAAAAAUAUAUAUUUAAGAUCAAAAUUAUUUCAAAAAAUUUGAAUUUUAACAAGUUCUACUAUUCUUACGUCGUGGUAUCGAUACAAUCAAUUUCAAUAUCACUUUAUCCUUAAGAAGAUCCUGAAGAACAAGAAACAACUUGGUUAAAGUGAUUUCGGCAGUUAUAGAAGCUCUAACUUUUCUUUUUAUCAACUCUAAAUGUAGUAAAUUUCAGACCACUCUAUUUGGUUGAUACCUACUGUCAUUAUUGAAUCACACACCCUUCUAUAGCUCUGUGGUAACCAUCUAGAGCUCGUGAACAAAAUCUGGACUCAUCUGUGUAGAAAACUUGUUCCGAAUUCCUCACUAUGUUAAUUCUUUAUUGCUUGAUUAAUGUUUGGGAGUGUUCUCUUGUUUAUAUAGAUGUCCUGAAUUAUUCUACCAAAUAAUUUCUAACCUCUACGUCCUAACGUCAAGUAUCUGCUUACAAGAAGCGAUUCCAGUUUCUUCCCAUAUAAGAUUAUGAAACUUGUAACUUUUAUUUUUUCCCACAGCAUAAUUGAGUACUUCAUGACUCAAUAGUCCCAACUAUAUGGCUACCUAUUUAGAACUCUUGAACAAAAUCUAGACUUAUCUGUGUAGAGAAGAUCUUGCUCACAAUAAGCGACUGGUUAUUUAUAUAAAAGAUUAUAGAAAUUCUAGAAACUGUUUCUGUUUUAUACCUUCCCACAUUAUAAUUGAAGCCCUAUUUUUGACUAUAAUUCAAUAAUUCUCCUCCUAACUAUGUGACAACCAUUUGGAGCUAUUGAACAAUAUCUAGACUUAUUUGUGAAGGAAAUGUUUGUCCAUUGUUCCAUAUUUCCCACGCUGCUUAUUUAAAUUUUGAAUCACCUGGUCAAUAUUUUGAGCCAUAUGCAGAUAUUUUUUGUAAUUAGUAACAGUUGUUUUUAAGUGUCCCUGGAUAUUUCUCUUACUUAGUGGAUAGCUUUAAUUUUUCUACAGGAUAAUUUCUAACCUUAAAGCUAUUGGCCAUUUAAAGCUCGUGAACAAAAACCUGGACUUGCAAAUGUCUUGUAUUUAUCGCCGCUGUUCCAUAAAACUUCUAGGUAGUCAAGUUCUUGUUUCACACCAUUUUCAGCAUAAAAAACUGUAAAUUAUAGUCCUUUCACAUUUCUGGCGACCUGUUUCAAGAAGUAUCUUUAAAGAAAGUAAAACAUGUGAAACAUUGCUUUGAGACCAUAAUCUUGUAUCAAACCAACCACAGUGACUACAUCCACGUCACUAAUUGUCUUAAUAUUUACACGCUCCAUCCAGGGGUUAGCAGAGCUUAUUAUGGGUCCUCGUCGUGCCAUGAUACCUUGUUUGGUUGGAUAAUCUCAUGUCAUUGAAAUUGAAAUUUUUGAAAGGUAGUUCUCUAAUGAAGUUGAUAUAGCAAAAAAAUAUAGAAAAUAUUGGAAUUGUUAAAAAAAUGACACUUUUUGUGGCGAUCAGUGUAUACUUGUUUGGGCAGUCUAUAUUUUAAAUUGAUAUUUAUUGUAUUAUAAAUGUAUUUUUCUAUGAAUAUUACAAUUUUACUGUGAUAGUAUAUGGUGUAAUAAAAACUGCUGGUGAAUUUUAUAUACAAGGUAUUCGGUUUUUAUUGUUAUUUAUGUCGUUCUAUGAUAGCGUUUGUUCACAUACUUUAUUAUAUUUUUGGUAAUAAAUUUUCUUCACAAUUCA